AUGGCGGGCGCAGGUAUUUCAACAAGUGCAGGCAUUCCUGAUUUCCGCUCUCCUGUAACAGGACUUUAUUCCCGUCUAGAAAAAUAUAAGUUGCCCUAUCCCGAGGCGCUAUUUGAUAUUCAGUAUUUCCGUCGAGAUCCCCAGCCCUUCUACACCCUAUUCGAAGAGUUGUAUCCAGAUGGAACGAAAUAUCGCCCUACACUGACGCAUACUUUUAUUCGCCUUUUGGAAAAGAAAGGGAAACUCCUUCGUUUAUUCACACAGAAUAUCGACACGUUAGAGCACCUGUCUGGACUAAAUGAAGACAAGAUUGUCGAAGCGCAUGGAUCAUUUUCAAAGGCCCGUUGCAUCAAUUGCAAGACACCUGUCUCCAGGGAAUGGUUAAAAAAGAAGGUGAAAGGUGGUCAUGUCGCUCGUUGCGAGCAAUCCAAGUGUCAAUAUGAGACAACACUAGCGCCACCGAUCAAGCCAGAUAUUACUUUCUUUGGAGAGAGCUUGCCCGAAAGGUUCUUUGAAAGACUCUAUGAUCUUCGAAGAGCCAAUUUACUCCUUGUAAUGGGGACAUCGUUGGUCGUGCAACCAUUUGCGUCGCUCAUUGACGAAGUGCCAUUGGACUGCCCGCGCGCCCUUCUAAAUCUAGAGCGCGUUGGUGAGACUGGGCGGGGUAGUAUGUUUUCGAAAUUUGGUCUGGAUUUCAGCGAAGGGUUUGAUUUUGAUUCAGAAGACUCGCGCGACAUAUUUUGCCCUGGUGCCGUCGAUAAAACGGUGCGUCUCAUAGCCCAAAAGUGUGGUUGGGAGAACGAAUUGGACGAAAUGCACCAACAGAUGCACCGAAAAUUGGACCGCAUACAUGGCUUGACGGUGCAAUUUGAUGAGAGGAAACAACUCUCGACGAAAAGCACGUCAGCUACACUCGCCGAUUCACUAGCAGAUCAGCUUCGAACCACGUCAUUGGAAGACGACAAUGACGCUAAAGACGAGUUGUGUGAUAAUAUUGCUGAUGAGAAAAAUGGUGCCAAGGAAAAACUGUAG